UGCUGGAGCAGGUCCAUACCAUAAGGGGAGUGUCAUUAAUAACUAAUUACAGAGGGGUCAGACCAGCAACUUAUAAAGAGGACCCUCGCUGCAGGAGGACGGCACAUUUCCACCCAGCGGUCUAACGGGAAGGAAUAUCCACUUUGCAUUUAAAGACACUCAUAUCUGAACACGGCUUGCAAUAGUUUGCGAGAUGGGCUCGGUAUUACCUGCAGAGGCUUUAGCCCUGAAGUCUGGAUUUAAAUGCCAGAGUCGGUCCCUGUCUGAUAUUAUCACCUCGGACAUUCUGCACAGUUUCCUGUAUGGACGGUGGAGAAACGUGAUCGGAGAGCACCUGAUGGAGGAGAGGCAGAGCAGCAUCGGUCCCAAGACAGCCUUCACUGCUGAGGUCCUCGCGCAGUCGUUUGUUGGAGAGGUCCAGAAGCUGUCCAGCCUGGUGCUGCCCAGUGAGGUGAUCAUUGCCCAGAGCUCUAUACCUGGCGAGGGCCUGGGCAUCUUCUCCAAGACCUGGAUCAAGGCAGGCACAGAGAUGGGUCCAUUUACUGGCACGAUCAUCUCCCCUGAACACGUGGACCUGCUCAAGAACAACAACCUCAUGUGGGAGGUGUUCAACGAUGACGGCACAGUGCGCUACUUCAUUGAUGCCAGUCAGGAGGACCAUCGCAGCUGGAUGACCUACAUCAAGUGUGCCCGCAACGAGCAGGAGCAGAACCUGGAGGUGGUGCAGAUCGGCAGCAGCAUCUUCUACAGGGCUGUGGAGACUAUCCCUCCAGACCAGGAGCUGCUAGUGUGGUACGGUAACUCCCACAACACCUUCCUUGGUAUUCCUGGUGUUCCCGGUACAGAAGAAGAGCAUCAGAAAAAGAGCCGCAAUGAGGACUCCCACUCAUGUGACGGCUCUUCAUCUUGCUCCCCCUCCUCCUCCUCCUCUUCCUCGUCUGCGACGAGCCGCAUGCGUUGCGUGAUCUGCCACCGGGGCUUCAACUCGCGUAGUAACCUGCGCUCCCACAUGCGCAUCCACACCCUGGACAAGCCCUUUGUCUGCCGCUUCUGCAACCGGCGCUUCAGCCAGUCAUCCACCCUGCGCAACCACGUGCGACUGCACACCGGAGAGCGCCCCUACAAGUGCCACGUGUGCCAGAGCGCCUACUCCCAACUGGCAGGGCUGCGGGCACACCAGAAGAGUGCCAGGCACAGACCAGGGGCGGGGGGCGCAGACACUGCCUCCCAAAUCUCAUCUCCACCCCCACCGAUCAGCAGCCUGACCCAACACCAGGUCCCCCUGGUUCACCAUAUCCCCACCAUGGUGCUAUGAUAGCAGAGAGGAGAGAGAGACACUUGCUCAUGCAAACAACUCUGCACUUUACCUCUGCACACUUGAGCCACAGGUUGCGCUUCUCCCUCAUUCUCAGAGAGGCUACUGUUUGCUGGUGUGGCAGGCAUCGCUAUGACUUUGCAAUGGACCAGUGUAUGUCUGGGGGUACUAUGUCUGGUGGGUUGAGCUGAUAGUACAGGCGUUCUCAAAUACUUUUUUUACUGGUUGCCUUAUUUACAAUCGAGUCUGCUUAGACUUAUUGGGUAUUAUGUUUGUAAUGGUCACAAAAAAAUCAGAGUGUGUCAAAAACACUUUGUUGUUCCAAAGGAAACUGUUGUACUACUGCCGGUAUAGAGAAUCUGAACAAAGGACUGAAUGUUGGUUCCAAGAGUAGGCUAUUUUUAGGGUAACUGUCCAUUAUUCAUCUGUUUGUAUACUCGAUACAGUAUUGCCAGGAUGCAGCAUGUCAAAGGAAAUACUUUGCUAUUCUAGUUAAUAAUUCUGUUGGUCAAGACGAGUACUCUGUAUUUCAGAUAAGGAUGUUUUACCAUAACAGAUUUUAGUUUUUGGGUGGUUCCUUCAUGCUGUCAUUAAAUACAGUUAUCCUCACUUUACGUCCUGUCGUCGUAGGCCUUUCAACUCAGGAGGAAGGUUGUUUGAAAAAGUAAAGUAAAAAAGUUGAAUUCCAAUGACAUGUACAGUAUGUAGAAAUAGGUGUACAUUUAUUUCAAAAUUUUACACUGUACUAAAUUGUCCCUUUAUCUCUGUAUAUUAAUGUAAAGUGUUGUGUAAUUAUGAACUGUAUGUGAAUGUAAAUACGUGUGCUUUCCUUAUAUUCUAAAUAAAGAAUGAUAUUAAUA